UCCAGACAUCCUUCUUCUCAACCCACAACCCAUUGGCAGCGCUUGGAUGUCCCCCUUAGCUCUUUUCUCCCUUAGAGGUGAGGAGAGGACUCCUACACAACACUUCCUCUCUGCUUCUCUCAGGAGGAACUAUGCUGAGAGCCGUCUCUGAGCCGAAGAGAAGGGGAAGUGAGGCAGACCUAUAAAUAGGCCCCAGGUCUGCAAAGGAUCGCGAGGAGGGUAGGCGGGUGUUUCCGGAAUCAUGCUGCAUUGCCCUAUGAUGCCCUGUGCCUCGGAGGGACACCUACAAGGCAGGAGGAAAGGCAGAAGUUGGCAACGCUUGCAGGAGAGAUAAAGAAAUCCGUGGAGUAGCUGGUGAAGGUGGUGUUCAAGUGGCCCAGAAGAAGAAGCUGGGCAUCCUCGGCUUAUGGGACGCAGCGAUUCCUAACCUUCCAGUGGAGUUUGAAGGGAGAAGCGCGGAAAAAAUGGACGAGUGCCUCGAAACCCUGAAGGACGAAGAGGAAGCUCUAUGGGAGAACGUCGAAUGCAAUCGUCAUAUGUUGACCCGUUACAUCAACCCCGCCAAGCUGACCCCGUACCUGCGCCAGUGCAAAGUCUUGGAUGAGCAGGAUGAAGAUGAGAUCCUCAACUCCCCGAUGCUCCUCUCCAAAAUCAACCGAGCUGGUCGUCUCCUGGACAUCCUUCAUACAAAGGGAGAGAGGGGCUACGUGGUUUUCUUGGAGAGCCUUGAAUUUUACUAUCCUGAACUCUACAAAUUAGUGACGGGGAAGGAACCUACGCGGCGUUUUUCCACUAUCGUUGUAGAAGAGGGACACGAGGGUCUCACUCACUUUCUGAUGAACGAGAUCAUAAAGCUGCAGCAGCAAGCCAAGACGAAGGACGCCCAGCGCUGUGAGCUCUUGGCCAAAUCUCGCCAGAUGGAAGAUGAGAGGAAGCAGCUGAAGCUCAACAAGAUUGAGCUGCUCACGUUCCAGGAGAGAUACAACAAAAUGAAAGAAGAGAGGAACAAUUACAACGACGAGCUGAUCAAGGUGAAGGAUGAGAACUACAACCUGGCGAUGAGGUAUGCCCAGCUCAGCGAAGAGAAGAACAUGGCUGUAAUGAGAAGCCGAGACCUUCAGCUCCAGAUUGACAAGCUGAAACACAAGUUGAAUAAAGUGGAGGAAGAAUGCAAGCUGGAGAGGAACCAGUCUCUGAAACUCAAAAACGAUAUCGAAAACCGGCCGAAGAAAGAACAAGUUUUGGAACUGGAGCAUGAGAAUGAGGUGCUGAAGACCAAAAUUCAGGAGCUGCAGUCUAUAAUCCAGGCUGGGAAGCCAAGAUUGCCAGAUACUGACAAAGCCAUUUUGGAUAUCCUAGAACACGACCGCAAAGAAGCUCUUGAGGAUCGCCAAGAGUUGGUCAAUAAGAUCUUUAAUCUCCAGGAAGAGAUCCGUCAUGCGGAAGACCUCCGGGAUAAGUACCUUGAAGAGAAACAAGAACUGGAGUUAAAAUGCUCGACUCUGGGGAAAGACUGUGAGAUGUACAAGCACCGCAUGAACACGGUCAUGCUACAGCUGGAAGAGGUGGAGAAGGAGCGAGAUCAGGCAUUCCACUCCCGGGACGAGGCCCAAAUCCAGUAUUCCCAGUGCCUGAUCGAGAAAGACAAGCACCGGAAGCAAAUUCGGGAACUGGAGGAAAAAAACAAUGACCUGAGGAUUGAAAUGGUGCGGAAGGACGGGAGCAUCCUCAACCUGGAAUGCAAACUCAGACGUCUCUCAAAGGACAACGGUUAUGACCAGAGUUUACCGCGGAAUUUGCCAUUCCCUGUGAUAUCUCAGAUGCUGGAAACCUCCAGACCCAAAACCAAUGGCCAAGAGGCAGAUGACUCUUCAACUUCUGAAGAGUCCCCUGAAGACAGCAAAUUCUUCCCCUUGGAUCCACCCCAGUUUAGGAGAAGAUUAAACAUUAAGGGCUUCCAGCCUCCAAGAACAAAAUCGCCCCUCAGUACAAAUCAGAUGCCAGAUUUCCAAGUCGUUCAAGGCCACAGUGAAGAGAGGAUGGAGACCAGCCACAGUCACCCUGAAGCAUCUUCUCAACCCAUAUCCACCAACAGUUCCAUGGGCAGCUGCGAAGUUAACAAAAUUCAAACCCUGAGAUAUCGCUGCGCCAGCAUUAUGUCCACCACUCCGGAGCCUCCAGGAAAUGAUUCCAUCCUACGAAGGAACAAAGAUGUCCCUCACUCAAGUUUGACCGAAGAAGAUGACAGCUUCGGCUUUGAUGCUCUGGAAUUAGAAGAUGAUGUACCUGACAGGUAUUCCUCAUUACCUUCCUCCUCCUCUUCCCACCAUUCUGAAGGGCUGGAUCUGGAACAAGUCAAUUCUAUUUUCAGAAAGUUCUCUCUGGAAAGGCCGUUCCGUCCCUCGGUGACCUCCGUUGGACGCCUCCACAACGUCUUCCAUGCCGUCCAGCAAAUACUCGUCAACGGGGACACUCUGAGCUCAGAGAUCAGUUUGCUGGGAGGGAACAUCAAAGGAAGCUUUGUCCACUCCGUGAAGGUCAACUCCACAGCGGAGAAAGCUGGCCUCCGGGAAGGGUACCAACUGCUCCUGGUGGAGGGCUGCAUCCGAGGAGAAAAUAUGAGCGUUCCCUUGGAUACUUGCACCAAGGAAGAAAUUCACUGGACAAUUCAGCGAUGUAGUGGACCAGUUACGUUGCACUGCAAACCAAAUCAUGAAGGUUAUCGGAAGCUGCUUUCAGAAAUGGAAGAAGGUCUGAUCACCUCCGGUGACUCCUUCUACAUCCGGCUGAACCUCAGCAUCUCCAGCCACCUCGACUGCUGCUCCCUCUCUGUGAGAUGCGAUGAGAUCUUGCACGUCCUCGACACCAUGUACCAGGGGAAGUGUGAGUGGUUUUGCGCCAGAGUCCAUCCCGUCACCAACAAAGAUGAGGAAACGGGGACAGUCCCCAAUUACAGCAGAGCCCAGCAGCUUCUCCUAGUCAAACUCCAGCGACUUAUGAACAAAGGAAGCAAAGAAGAUGCAGACAGUGUCUAUGGGAUAUCACGAACUUCGCUGCAACCAGACGAAGCCGCAUCUCCUGGUGAACCCAAAACCAGCCCUCGUCUCUCCAGAGCCAGUUUCCUUUUGGGCCAGAUCUUGCAGUUUGUCAGCAGGUCCGAAAACAAAUACAAGCGCAUGAAUAGCAAUGAACGGGUGCGCAUCGUCACUUCGAAAGACAGCCGGGUCAAAUCAGAAGUGCAUCCGGUGACCAAGGCACUCCUUGAAAGAUUUGAAGAGUUCGAUUCCGUGACGGAGAUCAAUAAGAGCUUCAGCUUGAUCCCGUACAGCUUGGUGAAAUCCACCCACUGCGAUUGCCGGCGGCCCGUCCUCUUCAGCCCCACGAUGCUGGCCAAGGCCCUGAUCCAGAAACUUCUCAACUCAGGAGGAGCCCUGGAGUUCAACUUAUGCAAACCAGAUAUUAUAACCAAGGAAGAAUUCUUCCGGAGACACUGCACGGAGACCAUCAUCUAUUCACGAGAAAAAAAUCCGCACACUUACGAAUGUAUCUUCCCAGCAAAUAUUGAAGCCGUGGCUGCCAAGAACAAACACUGCCUGCUCGAACUCAGCAUCGGCUGCACCAAAGAUUUAAUCAAAGCCAAGAUAUAUCCCAUUGUUCUCUUUAUUAAAGUCUCCGAAAAAAAUAUCAAGAAAUUCAGAAAGCUGCUACCGAAACCAGAAUUGGAGGAAGAAUUACUGAGGACAUGUCGUCAGAACGAGAAGGAACUGGAGGGCUUACCUUGCCUUUAUGCCUCGUUGGAAACAGAUUCGUGGAGCAGCUUGGAAGAUCUUCUCCGGAUCAUCAAGGAUAAAGUCUGGGAAGAGCAGCAGAAAACCAUCUGGGUUGACGAGGAGCAGUUGUGAAGCACAGAUCCCACCGGGGAUCUGGGAAUCCCCCCUAAGGAAGCUGAGAAAUAAAGACUUCGGUGAAGACGGCAUUCUUUGUUCUGUCUUCAUGGAGAUGGUAGCAGGUAGAACCUUGAGGGGGAGAGAACGUCCUAAAGAAGGAAGAAUGGAAGACCUGACUUGUCCAAAGGGGGUUGAAUGAUGAGACUUUCCAAAGGAUACCUUGGGGUACGGAAUUGGGUUGUUCUUCUCCCAGGCAGUCUGGCUCCUGCUGUCCACACCAUCAGCCGCUUGAAGGCCAGAUGUUUCCAAAGGGACCUGUUGAAGCAUAAAUGUGAAACUUGCAGAAUUCGAAAAUGGACAGCGGGAAGGUCAAGGGGAAGCAUUUUUAAUGGUCAUCAUGGCCCAGAGUCACUCUAUGAGUGAGAUGGGCGCAUUGGUGAAAUUCAAUUUUUUUUGCUACCGGUUCUGUGGGCGUGGCUUGGUGGCCAAAAUCUUGGUGAUACUGCAAAAUCUCCAUUCUCACCACACACUGGGACCAGCCAGAGGUAGUAUUUGCCAGUUCUCUGAGCUAUACAAAAUUUCUGCUACUGGUUCUCCAGAACCUGUCAGAACCUGCUGGAUUUCACUCCUGGAUGGGCGGCCUCUGCACAAUAAGUAAAUAAAAAAUAAAUAAAUAGCAGCUGGGGAAGGCGUCAACGUUCCUCAUGGUCCAUCUUUUGGAGACAUGGGUCCAACUGUCCUCAGAUCCACCAAAAUGUGGGUCUCGGCCCACUUAAUACCGUGUUUCUCCGAAAAUAAGACCAGGUCGUAUUUUUCUUUUGGGCUCCAAAAUAAGCACUUUUGGAGGGUGUGUUAUUUUUUUCCCCAUGUACAGGAGGCCUACUUCUUCUGCUCGCUCGCAGCAGAGCAGGAGGGCGCGUGGCACACCGGUGCCGCCACCGUGAGGUGGGAGGUGCCGCUGUCCCAGGCCCCCUGCACUUACCUGAGGAUCCUGCAAUCAGGCCAUGCACGCCCCGACACCUGCCUCAUCUCGUGGUGGCGGUUCCAAUGUGCCGCUCGGUCUCCUGAUCCAUUGGGGCUGCGAACAACCAGAAGUCUGCCAGCGGCCACAUGGGCUCCUGCUUCACAUGGCUGGUGGUGCUGCUGCAGUGAGGCAGAUGUCAGGGCAGGGAUGACUGCACCAGGUAAGCUGGUGUGGGGCGCAUGGGGCAGCUCCACCAGCACACCUGCCUCACCUCGUAGCUGUGACACCGCGAGCAACCAGAUGGAAUGGCUGGCCAGCCAACUGCGCAGGCUCUUAAGCAAGCCUUAUUUGGGAGGUAGGGCUUAUAUUAGGUGCACACAUAAAAAAAACAUAGUAGGUCAUAUUUUCGGGGAAACAGGGUAGCAACAAGAGUCUUUCGUCUCUUUUCCCGCACUCUAUUCCUUGUUUCCCGCACUCUAUUCCUUGUUUCUUCUCCUUCUCUUUACGUGAUCCAACAGACGAUGUACGGACGCCAACCCGCAGAAUUCCCCAGCCAGUUAUGUCGCGUGGGGAUGCUGCAACAGUUGUAAGAACCAAGACCGGUUGUAAGUCAUCUAUUUUCGAAGGGUCACUAAAUGGACUGAUGUAAGUGGAGGCCUUCCUGUAGCUGAGGACUACAUAAAGUGGAAGCAGCACAAAUGGUUCGGUGUUUCCUCAGUCAUCGAUCGACGUUUUAACCAAGAGGAGAGCUUCUCCAGGCCCCUGAACCGUUAAUCAAAACUGAAAUUUAAAUUAUUAAAUUUUUUUUAAAAAAUGAAUUAAAUUAAAAAACAAAGAACAAUUUAUCAAUGGGAGAAGGAGAGAUUCAACCUGGAAAUAAUAAGGAGAAAUUUGUAAUUUGUAAUAAUAAUUUGAAAUUUGUAAUAAGUUGACUUUGUAAAAAUAUACAAAUAGAAUGAGACUAUUGCCUUAUACACUGUAAGCCGCCCUGAGUCUUCGGAGAAGGGCGGGGUAUAAAUGUAAAAACAAAACAAAAAUUUCCCAACACUGAGAAACUAUUAAGCAGUGGAUCACUUUGCUUUUCGGAGUUGUGGGUGCUGCAUCACUGGAGAUUUUUAAGAAAAGAUUGGACAAUCAUUUGUCCAGGU